AUGUCCGUACAACAGCCCCGGACCGUGACAUACGGCCGGCAUAAUGUGCUGCAAACCAUCUCAGUCACUCCAAUGGCCCGCCAGGACGGCUACUGGGUGAUCUACAUCCACGGCGGCGCAUGGCGUGAUCCACUCGUAACUUCUGGAGCGUUUGAUGCCACCGAGUCUCUCCUGCGCAAGACCCCCGACCUCCCAAUCGCAGGCUACGCCUCCAUUUCCUACCGAUUAAGCGCACACCCGAACCACCCACAAGAUCCGCAAAGCACUCCAUCAGCCGAGUUCCGUGAUGCGAAGCACCCAGAUCACAUAAGCGACGUGGAAGCCGCGCUCACAUUUCUCCAGACUACAUACGGCUUUGGGUCUCGGUACAUCCUCGUCGGACACAGCUGCGGCGCCACACUAGCCUUCCAAACCGUCAUGGGUGCUGUCGCGGGACACCGCGAACAGUCGUUUACCGCGGGCGCAUACGAUCCCAGCACAGGCGCCGAGACGGUCUUCUCGUCUCUGGGCUCGCUACCCCCGCGACUGACGGCGCAUCCAACGGCCAUCGUCGGCGUGGCGGGGAUCUACGACCUGCGUAAGCUGCGUGAUACGCAUCGGGAGAUCUCUGCGUAUCGUGAGUUCAUUGAGGGUGCAUUUGGGAAGGACGAGAAGCUCUGGGAUGCGGUUUCGCCGGCGCAGAUGGUCGGUUCGCAUGGUGUAGAGGGUGGAUGGAAGCUGGGGACACUGGCUGUCCUGGCGCAUUCGAGGGAUGACGAGCUGGUGGAUGAGGCUCAAAUGGAUUCGAUGCGGGCGGCGCUUCGAGGAUGGGAAGAGGCUGAUGCACAGGUGUCUGUGGAGGGACGAGCGUUUCAACGCAGACGUGUCUGUAGUCUUCCUCUCCGUGGCGCUCACGAUGAGAUUUGGGGUAAUGGCGAGGAGCUGGCUCGCGCCAUUAUAUUCGCUUUUCGGGAAUUGCAGGAUAUGGGGUUGGCUUCUCAAUAG